AUGUCUCCAUUGGGCAUAAAGUCCAAAACUAUCAACACCUGUACCAACAGGGAAAGUAUUUCAUUUCAGAUUGGUGAUUUUGGAAUGGUGAGAGACAUUGCUGGGUCUGGAGGAGGCAGUGACUACUACAAAUCUCACGGAGGAAUCAUUCCCGUCAAAUGGACUGCCCCUGAGUCUCUGAACUACAACAAGUACACUAGUGCCAGUGACGUGUGGAGCUAUGGAAUGGUUCUGUUUGAAAUCUGGUCUCUGGGCUACAAACCAUUCCACGACCUUGCCAACCCAAUCGUGAUAGCUCUGGUGACUAGCAAACACUGCCAAGCUCCGCCCCCUGGCUGUCCCAGACCAAUCUACCACCUCAUGGUGGAGUGCUGGAAUCCUAAGGACACACAACGACCGACGUUUGACUGCAUCCAGACGUACCUGGACUCCCCCGAGGACAGUCUUCUCCAGUGGUCUCCCUCUGACACCCUGCCCGGGAAACAGGCUCAUCUACUGGGAGCCCCUCUCGUUGAGGGCAAUAAUCUGUACAUUGAUCUCCAACGGACGUACCAGAAUCAGCUACUGGCUGAGACACAAUCCAACAACAACACAUAGCACUAUAUCCACAUUAUAAUUCUGUCUUUUUGUGUAUCUACAAUUCUAUAUAAGGAGCACUUAUCAAUUUUUGUGCAAGCGCUUGCAAACAUAUGGACUCAGCGAUUUUAGUCAUACGUGAGAGUACUAGUGGUCCUGUUGUCUUCCACUGGUCCGUAGGCUGGAUUAUCAGCUGUUGAAAUGGUAGUUGAUACGUAGGCAACAUUUGUACUGGUAUCAAUAGGCCUCUCUGAUUUACGGAUUUCCCCAGAUGUGGUAGAUAUGUAGGCCUCAUUUGUUGCAGUAGGAAUAUCUCUCUCUCCUGAACCACUGGUAGUGCCAUAGGCUGGGUUGGUAGUAG